AUGACGAGACCAUCGAUCAGUACUAGUGGUGGUGAUUCAGUGCUGUCGGCGGUGGAACAACAAAAGGAGCGAACCCUAGCCCGCGGCAAAGCCCAUGUGUGGAAGUUGUACACGGAGCUGUUUGGUGGCACCAGCAAAUCGUCGAUUGAAGAUCGAGCGUCGAGUGACAAGUACUAUCCGAAAUUCAAAAAGCACGAAAUGCAAUUGGGCAAAGUGCUCGGCAAAGGAGGCUUUGGUACGGUCUACGAGAUUCGUUCCUUUUACAUUAAAGGGACGCGCGUCCAAGCCGUCAAGCCACGGGCGUUCCAGCACAGUGAAGAAGAAGAUUUGGAUCUCGAUCAGGCAUUGGACGAUAUCAUUCAUUCCACACACCAUAAUGACAACAACAACAACAGUGAAGAAGACGCCAAAAUGUUCCAAUCCAAAUCACGCUGGUUCCUCGCCCAACAUUGUCUACGCGCCAAACAAAAGAAACGUCGAAGUAUUCUCCAGUCACUCCAAUAUUCACAAGCCGAUGCCCGUUAUGCCGUCAAGAUUCUCAGUGAUUCCAUUGUGGCAGGCAGCGAUCUCAAUCUGUUUCUGCAAGGAAUGAUGGACAUGGCCAUUGAAACACGCUUCUUGUGUACACUCAAGCAUCCCAAUAUUGUCAAAAUCCGAGGACUCUCCCAGUGCGAUCCCUUCAGUACGAAAGAACAGUACUUUCUCGUCAUGGAUCGACUCUACGAUACACUCGAAAAGCGCAUUUAUCAGACAUGGAAACCACGACGCAAAUUGUACAAAUCCGCCGUCACUGCGGUGGUGCCACAAAAACGGGCCAAGUUAUUGCAUGCGCUGUGGGAAGAACGAUUGGUCUAUGCGUACGAUUUGAGUUCGGCGCUCACGUAUUUGCAUCAGCAUCAAAUCAUUUAUCGACUCGUUUGCUCACCAUUGAUUAUUUGUGUGCCGCACUACGCCUGCUUGUUUGGCAAUAAUAUUAUGAUACAGGAUCUCAAGCCCGAGAACGUGGGAUUUGAUUGUCGUGAUGACAUUAAACUAUUCGAUUUCGGAUUGUGUCGAGAGCUCAGAGAGAGUGACCGAAUCAAAAUACAACAACAACAACAACCACCGACACUGACCACCAAAGAAUCAGACGAAAGCUUGACUGGAAAGCUCAACUACAACAAUGAUGACAAUAAUGACCAAACGCACGUGCUGUAUCGUUUGACGGCCGAAACGGGAAGUCCCAGAUACAUGGCACCGGAGGUCGCACUGGGCAAACCGUACAAUUCCACUUGCGAUACCUACUCCUUUUGCAUUCUUCUGUGGCAAAUGCUGGCACUCAAAACUCCCUUUGAAGUGUACACCAUGACAAAGAUGAAGACACGGGUAUGGGGAGCCGAACAAAAACGUCCCCAACUCGAAGAAGAUUGGAGUGCCCCCAUCAAAUUGUUGCUUCAAAAGGGUUGGUCUCCGAUCCUCGAAGAGCGAUACACCAUGGGACAAGUCGAAAGCAUGCUGAGAGAUGAAUGUCUGCGCAUUGGUGCCGAAGCCGAUGAUUUGGAACACGAACGACGUCGAUCGAGUUUUGUCAUGAGCGAGCCCGGAAGUGACGAUAAUAGUAUUCGACGACAAAAGCAAAAUGCCGUCAGUGCCAUUCAUGCCUGGUACGAACAGGAAGAUUUCAGUGAAACCGUUCACGCCGCCGCAGAGCCACUUCCAUCCGAGGCGUUUAUCCCUCCUCAUGAUGAACUCGAUGUUGUGCGGGUCCCAGCCAUACUGCCUCCUACUGCUUCCAAUGCCUGGAGAGUCAACAACAAUGCAUGCAGCGAACCACUCGUGCAAGAACAAGAACAACCAACGACGAGAGAGUCGGUCAAGGAAAACGUCCCAGCUCAGGCAACGGUUGGUCGGGCCAUUCUGGAGGACACGUGGCACGACGAAAAUGCGCACGACAAUGAGAAGCAGCAGAAUGGCGGCGACAUUUGGAAGGAUGAAGGCAGCGACAAGAAGAACACGAUCGACGAUAGCGCCAGUAGCGUGAUUGAAAGCAAUGGCGAUGAUCUGAAUUUGAACACACAGCUGCCUGCUGUACAAGCCGCUGGUGGUGUUGGUGAAGCUUGUAAUCUUUGCCCAGAAGUUGACAAAGUUUGCGAGCAUUACUUUAUGUAACAAGACGAGAGGUGCAUGCAAUAUCUCCCUUGUGCAACCAUGUGCAC